AAGUUAGAGAGUUCGUUCAUGUCAAUCCACAGCCCAUCUACGUGCACGGAGUCGUCUUCAUCCGGUCCUAAAAAGCGCGCGAUAUCUGCGGCCCACCAAGCAGACGUUUUCGGGUGGAAGAAAUCGGGAAAUGCUACCAAGCCAGGCCAAACUCUGCGAAAAUUAUUGGGCGGUUUAGGUAGAGGCGGCAAAAGGUGUAGAAUAAUACCAGUCACUCACAACAACCAAACACCCGGAAAUGCUUCUAAACCCGGCCAAACUCUGCAAACUUUGGGCGAUUUGGAUGUAUAUCCGGAGAGAACAUAG